AUGACCAAGCACUCCUGUCGUGAGGGACUGGUCCCCACCAAGGAUCUUCGGGCAGCAGCAAAGCAGAUGGGAUUCGAUUGGUACUGUGCAUGGCACCACAAGUUCCUCAAGCAUGUUGCUGAUGAAGAGGAGUAUGUCCCAAGUGCUGGACCAAGCAAGAGAGUGAAGUGCGCAUACUUUCAAAUUGUACUACAUUGUCUUGUGGGAAUCAAACGUGCAGUGCAGGGGGACAGCGUGCAGGGGUCAUCAUCAACCUUGCGAGUUGCAGCAGCAACCUCUGCAUGUGUUGGCAAAAAAUAUCUGUCAAAUGGAGAACAAGAGAGCAGGCUUCCCGCACGCUGCAGAAUUGUUGGUAAUGAUCAAAGUUAG